AUGCACCAAGAUUUUCAAGAAGACGAGCAUGAGUAUCCAGACAUCAGACGCAAUCCGCUGCAUGAGGUGACCAUGACUUCCUACAUACUGGGGAUUCUUUUAGGUAUAUUUGUUGGUCUUUUUCCACAAAUUAGAUUCAAGAAUUUUAACCUCUUUAUUAUUGCCCUGUCCUUAUUCCAUUUUUUGGAGUAUUAUAUUACAGCUAAAUACAAUCCUCUUAAGGUACAUUCAGAGUCCUUUCUUCUGAACAACGGCAAAAGUUACAUGGCGGCACAUUCCUUUGCUAUUCUGGAAUGCCUCGUAGAAAGCUUUCUUUUUCCUGAUCUGAAAAUUUUUAGCUACUCUCUAGCUACCAAGCUUUGUACAGUACUUGGAUGUCUUCUAGUUAUUCUGGGACAAUAUACCAGAACUAUUGCUAUGCAUACUGCGGGACAUUCCUUUUCUCAUAUUGUGAAGACCAAGAAGGAGUCCGAUCAUGUUUUAGUGAAAACUGGCGUUUACUCCUGGUCAAGACAUCCAAGUUAUCUUGGGUUCUUUUGGUGGGCAAUUGGCACUCAGCUACUGCUUCUAAAUCCCCUAUCAUUGGUUAUUUUCAUUUUUGUACUUUGGAAAUUUUUCAGUGAUAGAAUUCGUGUGGAAGAAAAAUAUUUGAUAGAGUUCUUUAGCGCGGAAUACAUAGAAUACAAGAAUAAGGUUGGUGUCGGAAUACCUUUUAUAUAA